AUGUACAAAGACCGAUCUAUACACAGACAGUGGCAGCCAAACCUAAACCAGUGUACAGUGGCAGCCAAACCUAAACCAGUGUACGUUACCCAAGGGCGUCCACAGAUAGUCACAAAUACAGGCCAUUCAAGCGGAGGCAUUAUGUUGGGAGUUUUAACAAGUGGUAGUUCUUCCGGCGGAGGUGGUGGAGGAAGUUACAGUGGCGGAAAUGGAGGCGGAGGGAUACACACGAGUAUCGCCAGUAAUGGUGGAGUGGACGGGGCUGGUGGAGGAGGCUAUUACUCCAGCGGCAGCAGUGGAGGGAUGGCGGAAGGUUCGUGCCCGCCGAUACCUCAUGAUUGUGAUCCCUCCUGUAUUAAAUAUGACGUACCCCGCUGUCGUCGCUGUCUAUGUGAGAACUCUCUCCCCCAGUAUGGUGGUUCCCGGUAUCAUGGCUAAACGUGCGAUUGGGCACAAAUGAUACGUAUAAAGCCUGUUGUUUUUAUAUAAAAGAGUGUUUGUAUUGUUUUUAUUUAAAACAGCGGAACUUCCAUAAUGCUGAUUCCAAUCAUGGC